AUGUUUUGGCGCUUCCCUGCCGCAUUGUUGUGCCUGAGGAAGCCAUCCGUGGCGUACGAGCGGUUAGUGAUGACGGGUACCAUAAACCGUGAUCUGCAGCAAGUCACCGCUUUGCCCGUUUUUGAUCGUCUUCACAAUGACUUGGAGACCUUCGUCAAGAGUAGCGACCGGUUCCAGCCCCGACGCGUGGAGUUGCGACCGCCCAACCGCUUAGGCGUCACCCCCUUAUUUUUUCGUCGACGAGAACAGGAGGAAAAAGUUCAGCGUGCACUCGCUGAAAUGGAUGAGGACGGGUCGUCAUCAACGGGUGGCGGAACAGGUUGCGUCUACCACCCACUCUCCCGCGUGAAGGGCCUUUAUGUUUAUGGUGGAGUAGGUUGCGGUAAAACUAUGCUGAUGGACCUCCUUUACGAGAAUGCCCCAUCCACCAUUAAGAAACAUCGCGUACAUUUUCAUCACUUCAUGCUUGACGUGCAGCGCACUCUCCACACAGUAACACAUGAGUCCAAGAGUGACGGAACACAAGUGGCACGUCGAACACCCGACGCAGCCAUUAACUCCUUCGAUGAAGUCGCACAGCGGAUGAUGAGCAACGUGGAAUUGCUCUGCUUUGAUGAAGUGGCCGUAACUGAUGUGGCCCAUGCGAUGAUUCUCCGCCGUCUCUUCCAUGCCUUUUAUAAGCUUGGCGUCGUAGUCAUAUUUACUUCCAACCGAGCCCCGGACGACCUCUACCUCGGCGGUCUCAACCGGGAGGGUUUCCUUCCAUUCAUUGAAUUGAUAAAACGCCAGUGUGAGGUGUAUGACAUGUGUAGUAACACGGACCACAGACUCAGUGAUGCUGGUGAUGCAAAGACGUACCUCGCUCCAAUCAAUGAAGCCAACACAGCGACGUUUAAUGAACAGUUUCUGCAAUUUUGCAAGGGGAUGCCUGCCGAACGGCGGGUGUUGCGGGUGUUUGGUCGGGAUGUGGAGGUGCCAGCCGCUUGCGGUGGAGUCUGUCGGUUUCAUUUUAUGGAAAUAUGCGGCGGGGAACUCUCAGCAGCGGACUACUCGGUUAUCGCCAAGACAUUCAAUACGGUGUUUAUUGAGGGCGUUCCGCGUUUCACGUACAACAGCACCGAUGUGAAGCAUCGGUUCUUACUUCUAAUUGAUGAACUGUACGAACACCGUUGUAAGGUUGUGAUCUAUGCCCAAGUGGAGAUUAUGCUGUUGCAGGAAAGUAAGGAAGAGUUUGAGGCGGCGCACAUCUCUUCAGGCACCACGGCGGCUACUGAAGCUGAGGUGAAACCCAUUACGCAAGAGUUUGCACGGUUAUCGGAGUUCGAGCGGGAAAUUGGCAGAAGCUUAUUAGAUCAUACCGACUCAGCAUUUCAAAUGGAGCGCUGCCUCUCCCGGUUGUGUGAAAUGCGCACUCAACAGUACCUCAAGUCCCCACAUCGCUAUGAGGAAGUGUCAUUAAGUACCGGAGCGUGA